UCGCAAAAUCUUCGCCUAUAGUUUAUUUUGUUGCCAUUCAUUCAUUCAUUCAUUCAUCGUUACGAUACUAUUUUUAAGUCGUUUAUCAACCAUCGAUUAGUUGAAUAUUGCGACUGAUUGCGGUACGAAUACGCAAUACUAUAGAGAGUGAAGGAAAGAAAAACAAAAUGUCAAACGUAGAUGGUGAAAAGUUUGAACUUUCUCGUGAUGAAUUCCGCAAUAUUACCCGGUGUUUAGAAAACGAAGAAUUUCGGAAACUAUUUGCUGAAUAUUGUGGAGAACUUUCCGAUCCGGCAAAUCGAAAACAGUACGAAAAUGAAUUGAAAAUUCUAGAAGCAGAAAGGGGAUACGACGUGCAAUUCAUUAAUCCAUUACCGGGUUAUGUAAUUAAAACUGUACUUCAGGAAAAAACAAAAGCAUUUGUAAAUGUUUGUUAUUGUGACCUUAUCGGACGUCCGGUCAGUCAAAGUUCCACGGGUGAAUUCGGUCAACGCGGUUCGAAAUGGAGCAUUCCUUAUGCACAGUGCCAUCCCAGGAAGGAUUAUGACAAUAAAAAAAACGAAUGCAUUGUAUAUGAUGUUGUUUUUCAUAACGAUACGCUACGUUUAGCCAAGACUAAUCGAAAUCUUCGAAAUCUAGUGACCGACACUGCCCUUGAUGCGGUUGAGAGGUCAUUCAAUGUGUCAUUGGAUAGAGCCAAUUUAAAAUUUCCUAAAUUGCAGUACAAGGGUGUUCCAAAAAUGACGGUCAUUCGUCAGAAAAACAAUAGUUCUCAAAACGAAUGUUUGAUCGAUCCGUUUUAUCCUUUAUCAAAAUCAUCAAGCCAUCUAGCCGAAGAAAAGAGCGUGAAUAAGAUAGGCGCCACGCUCAAAGUCUCUCAAUCCACAAAAGAAGUCCUGUAUGGAACACCUAGCUUUGAAAUUAUUCAUAGAAAAAACAUAGAGUAUCACGAGCUAACAGAUGAAAAAGAUGCAAAAUUUGAUGCCGCGAUCCCAAAAGAAUUAGUUAUAAUCAUUCAACUGCCCUUACUUAAUUCGGCUGCCGAUUGUAGUUUGAACGUUACCAGCAAGAAGUUACAUUUAGUCAGCCAAACUCCAGCAAAGUACAAACUGGACAUGAAAUUGCCAUAUGAAGUACUGGAAAAAGAAGGAAAUGCACAGUUUAACACCGAUGAAAAAACUCUUACAGUUACACUACCCACUGUGAAAAAACGAUGCCCCAUGCUCGAUAGCGCAAAAAACGUCGAGCUCGUCGAUAAACUUGUGCAACCUGAAACUGAUACUAACGUGGAAUCUUCACCCGUGUCCGAGGAAAAACAAAGUGCACAAGUUGUGAAGCAUCAGCGAGGACCUCAAUUGGUUUCCCACUCUGCAUCCAGGAAAAUUAUUUUUCCUAAAUUUUCUACAAAUCGCAUGGAAAACAUGUUUGCAUUUACUCUUAACGUUCGUAAUAUUGAUCCAAGUUCCAUUGAGUUGGAAAACGGUGAAGAUUCUGUUUGCUGUAGAUUUACAAAUGUUAGUAAUGGAUUUUUCCCAUGUUACUACAUAUUUUUCGUGCGUUUCCCUAAUGCAAAUAUUGCCGAAGUACACCACGAAGAAUGGGACAACAAUUUCAUUUUACAAGUUAUAUUAGCAGACAGUACACGUGUUGAUUGCUAUUAUGCCGGUCCCGAUGAGAGCAAUUUGGUACAGUAUCAUAUAUUGGAAGAUAUCAGUGAAAAGAUAAACAAGCUUGGGAAAGAAAUUGAAGAUGACAGUCUUAGUAUAGCUGUAUCAAAAGAAGCUGCUAAGCGCGAACGCAAGUCUAGCUCCGGUGUAAGCAUUGAAAUCAAAACUAAAAGCGAUUUCGAUAUCAGCGAUGAAGACAUCACUGAAGAAGCAUCCGCACAAAAUUUUAAGACUGAUCAACCUUCAGAAAAGGAUACAAUUUUAAAGGGAAAAAAUGAUUGCAAUGAUACUAGUACAAAUCUGUUUAGCAAACAGGAGAAAUCUGUAGAUGUGACUAACGAGCUAACUUCCCAGAUCGAUGACAAAGAGUCAAGGAAACAUAAAAAAAACUCUCGCAGGAAGAACAAAAAGCGUUCCUUUUCUGAAUCCUGCUGUGAUAGUCUAAAAGUAAUAAUGGAGCAUGAUAUAUCCAAAUUGGAGCGAAGUGUCACUUCAAACCCCCAAACGGAUUCGGAAAGGAAUGAUGAUAAAAAAUCAUUUUCCCUAACUGACAUAAAGCAGCGCAAACCUCGAAGUAUAUCGGAAUCAUGCUCGUCCGUUUGCGCUGAUACAAACCAUGCUGCAACCGGGUCAACAUCGAUGGAUAGUCUAACUGCUCUAAUACAAUUUAACCAAAAAUGCAAAGGUAUCCUGAAGCGAUCUUGUUACGCAAGAAGUAUGAGUGAAUGUUCAUCAGUCGAUGAUGCUACGUAUUUGGCUACUUCAAUGGAUGGUGGCUCAAGUCUAACUGAGUCUGUUGAUCAUUCGCAAGGAGAGCUCUCUGAGUGUUGCAGAAAAACUGUUCGCUUCAAUGAUCUUAUCAAAACUAAAAUAUUUAAAUCGAAUUCUAGCAUAUUAGCACAGAAGAAGAAAAAUGCAAAGAAAAAUGAAAGCAAACGUCGUGUUCAAUCUCGUCGUUUAAGUGAGGGUGAAAGCACCGAUAAUGAUGAUAAAGAACAUCUAAAUGAUAGCGAAUCUGGCAUUCAUGGAGUGCAACCUGAAGCGGAGCAUGAUAGUGGAAUUUCAUUGGACUCCGAUGCAGGACAUAUGGUUGAAAAUACGGAUAAUAAGGAUGAUCAGAAUAAUUUCUCAACUAAACCGAUCAAUAUUGGACAGACAGUUACAACAGGUGUCGUAAGCAGCAAAAAUACUGGCGACGACAAAAAAACUAAAACAUUAUUGCGUAAAACCGUUAAACGGUCGGAUUCAAGCGAUAUUGAAUUCAAAAGUGAUAUGAUUUUUGACAUUGAAAUGUGAAAAAAAUACAAUUGUACCUAAUGAAAAUUUAGAACAUUAAAUUGUUCCCGUUUUAAGUGAUUAUAAUACCAGUGUAGUAAGUAUAAGUUCUAAAAUUAGCCUGUCUAAUUUAUAAGAGGCAAUCUACUUUUGGCGGCCUAAAGCUAAAAUGCAUUUGUAUAUGAAAACCAUUUAUUAGCUAGUUUUGCGCUGCAUUUUAGGUGAUUUGAAACAUUUAAAUU